AUGGCUUCGUUGUACCAGAGAUUUUCUGGAAAGAUAAACACAAAGAGAUCUUUUCCUAUUCUACCUGAAGCAAGUCACUUGCUCGGCGGACAGUGCGCCGAUGAAGAAAAUUUGGGGAAGACUCCCCAACAAUGUCCAGAUUCACGGUCCCCUUCAGAGAGAGAGAGAGGGGGGGGGGGUGGUAAAAGACAAAUUCAGUAUCAGGAUGAGGGGGAUGGCGAUGAGGAGGAGGAGCUGGUGGGGAGUAACCCUCCACAGAGGAACUGGAAGGGAAUCGCUAUCGCCCUGCUUGUCAUUCUGGUCAUCUGCUCUCUCAUUGUCACCUCCGUCAUCCUGCUGACUCCAAGUGAAGAUGACAGUUUGGCCUUGAAAGGUAAAGUGACAGUUGAAGAUAUCUUCAGAAAGGACUUCAGAGUUCAUGACCCCGAAGCCAAAUGGAUAAGCAGUAAUGAGCUCCUUUAUCGUACACGUGAGGGUGAUGUGGUUAAGUACGACAUAGAAACAAAGGAGAGAACCAUACUGGUGCCCAACAGAAAAUUUGAAAUGUAUAAAGCCAGCAAGUAUGAAGUAUCCCCCGAUAUGAAGCAUGUGCUGCUAGCCUACAACGUGCAGCCAGUUUACCAGCAUUCUUUCACAGCUUAUUACAUCAUCUGCAGCCUAGAGACUCCGGAAACAUGGAAUUUGAAUCCUCCUGAAGUACGUGAUGCUCAUUUGCAGUAUGCCGGUUGGGGGCCUCAGGGACAGCAGCUGAUUUUUAUAUUUGAGAAUAACAUCUACUACCGGGCAACCGUGGAGAACCGAUCGAUCCGUCUGGUGUCUACUGGCAAAGAGGGGGUUAUAUUCAAUGGUCUUAGUGACUGGCUAUAUGAGGAGGAGAUAUUCCAGUCUCACAUCGCACACUGGUGGUCUCCAGAUGGUGCUAGGCUCGCAUAUGCUACUAUCAAUGACACACUGGUGCCCAAAAUGGAGUUACCCAUGUUUACGGGGACUCCAUAUCCCACUGGAAAGGAGUACCACUAUCCUAAGGCAGGAGAGGAGAACCCUGUCAUUUCCCUUUAUGUGGUCAACCUCAACGGCCCACUCCACACCAUAGAGAUGAGAAGACCCGAGGACCAGAGGAUCAGGGAGUACUAUGUGACUAUGGUAAAAUGGGCAACAAGCACUAAACUGGCCGUGAACUGGUUAAACAGAGCCCAGAAUAUCUCCAUUCUAACCUUAUGUGAAGCCACCACAGGAGUCUGCACGAAGAAACAUGAGGAUGAGAGUGAAGGCUGGCUUCACAGACAGAAUGAAGCUCCUUUGUUCUCUAAAGAUGGACUGAAGCUGUUCUUCACCAGGGCAAUCCCACAGGGCGGCCUGGGAAAAUUCUUUCACAUCUCCAUGUCCAUUUCACAGCCCAACACCAGUACUGACACCCUGCAAUUUAUCACGUCAGGAGACUGGGAUGUGACCCAGGUCCUAGCCUACAGUGAGGACAGCCAUUUAAUCUAUUUCUUGAGCACCGAGGAUGAUCCAAAACGAAGACAUCUCUACAGUGCUGACACUGUUGGAUCUUUUAACCGACGUUGUCUGUCUUGUGACUUCACCGGGGGCUGUGGUUAUGUCAGUGGCUCUUUCAGUCACAACAUGAGCUACUUUCUGCUCAGCUGCAAAGGACCUGUGGUUCCGUUUGUGGCUGUGUAUAGCACCCAGGACAAACAGAAGGUAUAUGAUUUAGAGUUGAAUGAGGUCCUGAGGAAUACAUCGGAAUCCAUGCAAAUGCCUAAAAUAGAGUACAAAGAGAUAAACAUAGAGGAUUACACACUGCCAAUGCAGAUCCUUAAACCUGCAGGCUUUGUCGAGACAGCUCACUACCCACUGCUUCUCCUAGUAGAUGGAACUCCAGGAGGGCAGACAGUGUCCGAACAGUUUCAGAUCGAUUGGGCCACGGUGCUGGUCAGCAGUUUUGGUGUCAUCGCUAUGCGCUUUGACGGACGGGGGAGCGGUUUCCAGGGGACCAACCUCCUCCAUAAGGUGCAGCGCAAACUGGGCGUGUUUGAGGAGAAAGACCAGCUGGGGGCCCUGAGCAUAAUGACCGAGGAGCCAUAUAUUGACAAAACCAGGAUUGGAGUUUAUGGACAGGUGUAUGGAGGUUACAUUGCCAGCCUUCUCCUGAGCUCUGGGGACUCUGUGGUGAAGUGUGGAGCAGCACUCUCACCAAUCACAGACUUUGAGUUAUAUGCCUCUGCUUUUUCAGAAAGAUACCUGGGCCUUCCAAAGCCAGACAGAAGAGCAUAUGAGUUGACAAAUCUGGCGUAUCGAACUUUUCAAUUUAUUGAUGAGAAGUUUUUAAUCAUUCAUCCAACAGCAGAUGAAAAAGUCCAUUUUCAACACACGGCCAAAUUCAUCUCCAGAUUAAUCAGUGAGAAAGCAAACUACACUCUACAGAUCUAUCCAGACGAAGGACACUUUAUCCGCAGCGAGGUCACGAGGGAGCACCUGAGUCAGUCUUUGGUGAACUUUUUUGAGGAGUGUUUCAGGCUACCGGACAAGUUUUUUGAGGAGCCGCUGGAGGAAGACAGCGAAGAGGAGGGUUAG